GCAGCGGCGCAGGGGCAUCCCAAACCGACACGGAGCCGCUCCUCGCCUCGCCGCCUGGAAGGGGCGGGAACAGCCGGCGAGCAGCGGCGGCGGCGAUUGGACGGAGGGCAAGAAGGGGGCGUCGCCGCGGAAACGGCGCUACCCACGCGGGCUGUCAUGGCGGCGCCUGUUGCGGCGGAGGAGCAGCGCUGGCUACAGGCAGCUCGAGACUUCCUUCGCCGGGCGCUCCCAGGGCUGGACGGGCAGGAGCCAGCAGCGCUGGAGGCGGUGCUGCGCUGCCUGCGGAGCGUGGGCGGCGGGACGCUCCCGGUCGGCUACAGUUUCAUCUCCAUCUCUGACCUACAGCAUCAGCAGUACAUACCGUGCUGCAGCCACCUGAGCUGGAGCACUAAUGAAUUUAAGGAAUGGUCUCAUCAAGGACAAGGUGCUUUACCCAUGCAGAGCGCUAUGCCAAGGACUUACCUGAUCCUGGUUGGCUAUUUAGCAGAUGGAAGACAAGAAAACAAAGAAAAACUGGUAGAUGGUUGCCUAUACGUGAAGGACAGUACUGGGAUAAUUCCAUGUGAGCUCUUGCACUUUGAACUGGAGUGGCUGGAGUCACUGUUUGUCUUCCCAAGCUGGUCAUAUAUACCACAGACAGACCAGAGUGCAGCAGGGUACUUGGAAAUCCUGGUGGAUCCAGUGCCAGUAAAUACCCCCAAGGAAGUACUUUACAGCAUUCCUGUCACCUCCCCAGUGUCAGCUGAGCCACUGCUUACCUCCAGGAUUCCAUGUAAGAAAAGAUCAAAGCUUACUGUAGCGGGGGAAUUGACCAGACUCGGGCCUCUCCUUUGUGUUCACCACAAGACAUUCUUCUUUUUGUUUCUGAAGUGCUUUGCCUCCGCUGUUUGUGUCCCUGUGCUGGUGCAAAAACCCAGCCAGCUGCUGUGGCAUCGUGUCCUCCAGCUGGGUCACAGGUAUACAAUCACAGGCCUGAGUAUGUCCAGCCUGAAGAAAUCUGGACAAAUGAUGUUCGUCACCAGUGUUUCUUCCUGCCUUCUGCCCUACUGUGCAGAGCAGGUGAGGGAGCAGCCACUGAGCAGUUCUUGGCAAGGCGCAUCCAAUGAGUCUUCUUUCCUUGAGACUGCUGAGCAGCUCAGUUGCUCCUUGCAACUAGGAGCUGAAGAAGAGAUGCCGAGAUCAAUCAAAGAGUCCAAGAUCAUCUCCUAUGUGGGAUUUAUCACCAAAAUACUCAAUGUCCAAGCUGGUCUCUUUACUGGAUAACAAGUCUGCUUGUGCCUUGCUUACCAGCCACUGCUGAACUCCGCAAGGGGACUCCGACCAGGAGCCUGUGUGGAGGUCAUUGACGUCCACCUCCUGCAGAAGCCUCUGGUGUCCUUCCCUUUCACUGUACUUGGUGCUUGCCUGAGCACCACAGUUGUGCUGAGGAAUUUUUCAAGGCUCAGCACCCCCUACCAACCACUGGCCUCUUCAGGAAAUCUCUGCUUACAGCUGCUCUUCCGCUUCAAUCUUGGAAUGCCACUGUACCUCUGGCUGGUGAGCCUCCUGGAGACAUUUGAGGAGAGGUUCUCUUGUUUCUUUGGGCAUUGUCGACUGCUUAGCUCUAUGCACCAAAAACCUGGAGCUGCUGAAAAGUUCCUUGUCCCCCUUCUGCAAGCUAUGGUGCCAGACAGAGAGGAAGCAAGAGAUAUUUAUAAAGAAAUUCUAUCAAAAAGACACCAGUGUCCCCUGCAGAAAUAUUUGACUCUGAACCCUCCAUGCCAGGCCCCAUCUCUGUCUGCAGUUUGCCGUGUGGCGGAACAGAAGAGCUGGGAAGGCUUCAGUCCAUCACAGUUGCUUUCCCCCUUGGAGGCACAGCAUAUGGGCACCCAGGAGCUGAACCGCAGACUGGCCUGGUCCUACUGCACACUCUCACCAGAAAGUUUCCAGCCCCGGGUGAUACUCUUGGGUGUAUUGAGGAUCUCCUCCAGGAGCAGUUCCCUCCAGCUGCAGGACAAGAGCAGCACACUUCCCUGUGUGAUCUCCCAUAAGGAUGGUAUCCCCUUUGCCCAGACUGCUCUCAUAGGAUCACUCUUGCAGGUGGAAAACUACCAGCUUGUAGUGGAGAGAUUCCUUAAGACUGAUUUUCCCUCCUGGGAACACCUAGAAAAUCUAGAGCAUGUGAGAGAGAAAAAAGCUAGUGUCUAUGUGCAGUUCUACUUUGAGGAUGUCCAGGUUCUCCAUGCUGCUGAAGGACAAAUCCAGAAAGGCCUUAGGAGUGGAAACAGCUCCUCUUUGAGGAAGAAGAAAAAUGGCAGCACAACAUCUGAGCUGGAAACCCCAGAGGCAAAAAUGCUGAAACUGGAGGAUCCCAAGGCAGAUACUAGCAGAGAUGGGAACUGUCAGGGCGACCAGAGCAGCACCAGAAAAAUGAGUUGUGUAUCUCACCUGUUCUUGGUUACCCAGAAGGAGGGUCUCAUGUCACGUAAUUACCAACUGCCCGCAGAAGAUGCAAAGGAAGCAAAGGAGCUGCAGCACAGUUUCCAAGCCACAGUGCUGUGGCUAGGCAGACCACAGCUCUGGAGCCACCCCAGAAAAACUGGGGAUCUAUCAGAGCUCGAGGAGACUGGUUGUGAUGGAAAAGAUGUGAGGCAGCAAGAAGCACUACUGCUCUUUAUGGGGAAGUCUCUGCGAUGGUUUCCGUUCCUGCACAUGGAUGGACUGUAUCGCUUUGUUGUGCCCUGCUGCUCGGACUUGGAAGUAUUUGACAAGCUCUGUUUUCCACCUGUGCCAGCAAUGUUCCUGAGCAGGCCAUCCUGCCCACUGUGCCUGCUUGUCCAAGAUAGCUGGCACUUAGAGCAUGAGACCUGGAUCUCCUGUCUGCCUGUGCGCCAGCUGACAGCCAUGUCAGUGCUGACAGGUGUGGACCAGAGAACUGCCUCCAUUCCAGAAGUGCUUAGCAGCAGUUUCACAGGUUCCCUUGUUUCUUUCUAUGGUGAGAUCAUGGAGAGGACAUUGUGUGCCUCUCCCAAGAAUGAGAAGCCACCUGUGAUCCUUGGCCUUCCAAAGCAGAAAGGGACUCUGCUGUCCAGGGACCACAGCGUGAAGCUCAGUGUCUCAGCUAUUCCAGGUUCCCCUGAUGUGAUGGACAUUUACAUUACUGCCACCCAUCUGCAGCAUCUCUGGGGUUUGCUACCUGGAGCCAAGUUCCUCUUCCAGAACUUGGAACGCAAGAUCUCAAGAUUCCAUAAUGUUUAUUGCGCAUACAUUGCCUCCAGCUGUGUGAGCAUUGUAUCUUUGCCAGCUUCUCACCUACCUUUUCCUUCUGGUCUUGCAGGAGAAGCCUCAUCCCCCUCACUAGUGUUUCUAUCCAGCUUGAGACCUCAGCUGCAAAACCUGGCCCGGGCUCGUAUUUUAUGCCACUUGUCCUGUGUACUGACUGUGUGCCUGCAAUGGAUUUGCUCACUUUGCAGCUGUAUCUUCAAAGAGGGGAGGUGCACCCGACACAAUCCUCCGUGUCCAUCACAAACAGGAGUGAGGCAAGCCAGUGCACGGGUGCUGGUGGAGGACGGAACAGGUGAAGCUGUGGUGCUGUGCAGGAACGAACAUGUGGCAGCGGUGCUGGGCCUGAGUCUUCUUCAGUGGGAAACUGUGCAGAACUGUGUGCAGAGCAGGGGCAGUGUGUGCAUUCAGCAUGGGGAAGCUCCUGGAACAGGGUGUCUAGAGGAACUCGAGGAUCUUGUUGCUUCUUACCUAAGGAGUCUCUGCAGAAGUCCUCUCAUAUGUCGGCCUAUCCUGUUGGAAUUCAGCCUAGACAGGAAGCCGUCCAAGAUCCUGCAGCCUGCUCCCCUACAGCUGCGGAAUUUUCGCUGUGGUGAAAUGGAGUUCGUGUCACAAGCAGGGCCUCGUCUGAGCCUGCUGUGCUUGAAGGUGGAGGAAGUGGGACAAGAUGCCUUACACUACUUGAACAGCCAGAGGAUGGGAAGGACAUCCAGUUCCUGCUGAGUGGGAGCCGCUGCUUAAUAUCUCUCCCAGUGGGAGAGGAAUUAUGCAAAUACCUGCUGGGAUGAUGAGCUUUUUAAAUCUCCUUUCCAGUGGGAGCGUAAGCCUGUGAGCACAGGGUGAAGCAUGCAGUUAAGCAGCUGCUAUGAGUUGUGGAUUUCCUGAAGGGUCACUCUGGGGCAUUGUCAAGCAGUGAUACUGGGCUUCAUUUUGGAAGAGAGCUGUUCAGUGCUCUUGCCUUGGGCCUAGGGCGUACAGUGUGUUGUGUGGUAGUAGUAUCUACUAAAUAAAGCUAUGAAAAUAUUACUUAAAAACACUG